CUCACCGUACAAAGCUUUCCCAGAGGCGCCACCUUCUCUCUCCUGACCGUCUCUUAUGGUAGGAAGUAGAAAAAAAGAAAUGAAGCCCUAAUUUGCAGGUGAGAUUCUUUUCACUCUCUCUCUAUCUCCUCUCCCCCUCUAUCCAUCUCCGCCUCUAUCUCUUCCAUCCAUCUCCUCCCUUCUUUCUCUCUCCGGCCAUCUCUGCAAAACUCUGAAAUUUAAGAUUUUUUCAAGAUGAUUUGUCUUGGGAUGAGACCGAACUCUCAGAUUGGGAUCAACUUUCAUGGAUAGAAAUUAAUGGAGGAAGUUCGUUUUUAUAAAGGAUUUGUGGUCUGUGGAAAAAAUAAUGAAGGAUUGGAGCUGUAAAUUAGUGGACAUAUGGUAAAAUUUCCAAUUUGUUGAUGAGAAGUCUCAUGCUAUGUGUAUGUAUAUUUGUAUGAAGAUCAGUGGGUAUUGCUUCUAGCUAGGUGUCCUGUAAUAUUUUAUUGGAAUGGUUUUUUGAGAUAAAUCUGUUACCUUUGGGUUAAAAUUUGAAACUUUCUCAUAAGAAAGGUUGUGGGAUUUGAUUUUUUAUCAAAGAAAAAGGGUGGGAUUUAAUGCUGUUGAGGAUUCAGAAGCUUUCAGGCAGUGACUUGUCCAUUACAAUGAGUUUCCAGGGAGAUAAUUUGAUGUUUUGAAGUGAGGAAAACAGUAACUAUUGCUUAAAAGCUUCAAAGGAAAGAGCCAUAAUUAGUCUUGAAUUGGAAUAGGUAACAACUGUUUAUCUUUUCAUAAAGCUUUUAAGAUUAUGAUUAGUUUCAUCAAAAAAAAAAUUGAGUAGUACACAAGCCUGGAACUAUAUCGAAAGGUUGAAGUCUUAAUGCAACGGAAAUAGUGGAAUGAUUCUUCUGUUAAGGAGCAGUCCUUGUGCAUUUUAUGUGUUAAUUAUUUGUUAUGUUAAUUAUUUGAUGGUUUCAUGAUUGUGAUCUGUUGUUCUAUUUGAUGCGUCAAGGCAAGUGUAAGAUUAAUGUAUUAUGGUCUGUUGCUCUUGUUUGAGUCACAAAUAAUUGGGGGAUCAUGGAAAGUGAGUGGCUUUUGAGAGUGGGGCAAGCCUUGGCUGAGAUGCUUUAAAGCUUUCAUGUAAAUAUUGUUUUCCCAAUUGGAUCAAGAAUAAAGCUGCAAGGUCUCAAAUUUUGCAAAAGAAAACAUAGAUGAAUUUGGCAUAUCAUUGAGUCAGCGGGUUGUUUCGAGAAUUAAACAUUGGUAUCAUUGCACAAGCUGAACGGAUGUCUUUUAGGAGUAUUAUUCAUGAUAGGAGGGGGGAAAAUGGCACUGUUACGAAGAAGGGGUUAGAAGUGAAGAUGGGUUACAUAUUGAGAUCACGAUCGCAUAGUGCAGUUAGUGAUGGUGGCAGCAAUGGAAAUAUUGACGCCCUUAAGCAGAGUUGUUGGGCAAAUAUGCCACCUGAGCUCUUGAGGGAUGUGAUAUCGAGAGUGGAGAUGGCAGAGGAUGUGUGGCCACAGAGGAAAAACGUGGUUGCUUGUGGUGGGGUUUGCAGGAGUUGGAGAGAUAUCACAAAAGAGAUCGUAAAGACACUUGAGCAGUCUGGCAAGAUUACAUUCCCCAUUUCUUUGAAGCAGCCGGGGCCAAGAGACUCACUCAUGCAGUGUUACAUAAAACGGAACCGAACAGCACAAACCUACCAUCUUUACAUGGGCUUAACUCAAACACUGUCUGACAAUGGCAAAUUCCUUCUUGCUGCACGUAAAUUUCGGCGUCCUACCUGUACUGAUUAUAUCAUUUCUCUAGAUGCUGAGGAUAUGUCAAAAGGAAGUGGUACAUACAUUGGAAAAUUGAGAUCAAACUUUCUAGGAACAAAGUUCACAGUCUAUGAUGGUCAGCCUCCUCAUUCUGGAGCUGUGGCCUCAAAGAGCCGUUCAAUCCGGCGAGUGGGCUUGAAGCAAGUAUCCCCACGAGUCCCUGCUGGCAACUACACAGUCGCUCACAUUGCCUAUGAAUUGAAUGUCCUUGGUAACAGGGGCCCAAGGAGAAUGCAUUGUGUUAUGGAUGCAAUCCCAGCAUCCUCACUCGAGCUAGGUGGUGUCGCCCCGACACAGUCCGAGUUUCCCUUGAGCACCCUGGACUCCUCAUUCCAAGCCCUUCCCUUCUUCCGCUCCAAAUCAGUGCGCUCCAACGCGUCAUUCUCAGGUCCCCUUGAUGGGGGACCCCAGAAAGAUGGGAUGCUUGUGUUGAGAAACAAGGCCCCGAGGUGGCAUGAUCAGCUUCAGUGUUGGUGCUUGAACUUUAGGGGCCGGGUUACCGUGGCUUCUGUGAAGAACUUUCAAUUGGUUGCUGCUACUUCUUCUUCUUCUGAGAAUGGAAAUGGAAAUGGAAAUGGGAAUACCAACUCCCAUGACUCGGAUACAGUGCUCUUGCAGUUCGGGAAGGUGGGGAAGGACAUGUUCACCAUGGAUUUCCGGUAUCCAUUGUCGGCUUUCCAGGCAUUUGCCAUAUGCCUUAGCAGCUUUGACACGAAGAUAGCAUGCGAAUAAACAAAUCAAGUGUAAAGAAUAGCAGAGCAGUUUCUGCAAGAGAUACCGGAUAAUGUGGCCGAUGGCAUGGCGAUUGUUGUAGCUCGAUCCUGUUUUCAUCGGAUGAUUAUUGCUGGUCUUCAGAUGAUGUAUUCUAGUCUGGUGUACAUAUUUUUCAACAAUCGCAGCCUUGUGGAUUGAUAAGGCCAGAUUCUUAAUUUAUUCACCCGUGCCUCUCUUUCUCUCUCUCUCUCUCUCUCAAUUCCUCUUUCUGUGAUUUGAGAUUUUUUUUUUGCUUGGUAUGGUUUGGCAUCUAGAGAUUGGAAAACAAUGUUGUUAUUAUUAUUAUCUAUAUGGUAAUUCAAUGCUGCAUACAAGUACAAACAUAUGCUAAGAUGAAGAAAGCCAAUGUGAUGAUGUUCA